CGUGAGUGGUGACCACCUCAGAAUUUCGAAACCAUUUUCAUGAGAGACUCAGUCAACAUCGAUCUCAUCUCUUACCAUACUCUGGCCAUAAAUGGUGCGCUCAAUGAUUGCUAGCUAUCUACUGUUAUGAUAGUGGUUGGAGAUAAUGAUCACCUUGCGGAGUAAAUGCACGUUGUUGUAAUUUACUAUAGUGACCUUGUUUUAUAAUCGGCGCUUAUACUGAAUAUCGUCUACAGUAUACCUCUCCUUCGAAGUUAUACUCUGCUGAGGCCUUGUACAACUUUACAUAAAUCCGGUUUCCUUGGCUCUCUUGUUUUCAUGCAUCUCACCACAACCUCUUCAAGACAUUCUCAACACGGAACAAACGCUCGAUAGUACUUUAUAUGUACGAUGUCUACUGGCAGCCGGUUUCAUUCACAGCACCAUGGGUAACGGUCCCUCUCUAUUCGUGCGCACGCCACAAGAGCAUCUGGAGCACAUGUGGAAAACUCCUAGUCCACUCCCAUAUUCCUGUCCACCUGGACACGUCCGCGUUUAUCUUCUUCCAGAAUGGACUCCGGGUAAAACCCCAAUGAAAGAGCCAUGGGCUGCGCUGAAAAACGACUUUGCGCUCGAACCUACGGGUGAGCUCGAUUUGAAAAAGGUGAAGGCAAAGUGGGCCCUGGAGCGGUGUUCGGCAAUCGAUCUGGAGAGAAUGCAGCCGUUUGAGGAGACGUGUAAGGGGAGAUUGUCGCUGCUUGCUUUGAAAGUGUUGGCUGAUUCGAAGGGUGUCGUUUGGAUGUACGAACCAACGCCCUCUGAAGAUACUGUAUACAUACGCGAAGGCCGCCUACGUAUCGUACGGCAGUACAAUACUGCAGUUGAACGCGUUUUGGAAGCGACGCUGGGUCGCCUCUCAAAGUUACUCGAUAACGGUGUAGUGGGAGAAAUUCCCGACGUGCCGCAGGAGGCGCACAGCGAAGAAGCAUCGGUCAAGGAGAACGUCGGGGAGGCCGAAGUUUUGUUCUUAUUUUAUUCUGGCGCGCUGGGUCGAUAUGCUCAAUUUGGGAGGGAUCUUGCGCUUGGGUGGUGACCAUUUGAUUGACGAUUUUUCUACCGAUAACUAUGCCUAUAUGUCCUUCCUCAUGCCUUCUGACUGCUGUUUGCACAUGCUUUCAUGCUCUGUGAUUUCCUACUACCGCUCACUUAAUUGGUCCACCUGUAAUUUUCAAACUAUGACCUAUGCGCAAUGUUUUUUCUCUACACCAAUCCCAGGCCGAGCAUUCAACCAAUUCCCACAUGACUAGCUUCGCGUCCUGGCAUUUAAGGAAACACAAGAAGCACGUUUGAAAUGACAUUCAC